AUGGCAGAACCCAUAGACAGCGCUCUCGACCUUCUGCGGCGGCUGAACCCCAAAGAUGUCAAGAAGAACGUUGACAACAUCAUCGAGCUCAAUCCCUCUCUGGAAGAGGAACUCCUCGAAUCGGUCGACAUACCCCUAUCGGUGAAGCGGUGCUCGUCGACGAAGCGCGACUUCCUGUGCUGUGACUACAACCGUGAUGGGGACAGCUGGCGGAGUCCAUGGAGCAACAACUUCGAGCCGCCGAUCGAGGAGGGCAUAACGCCCAGCGAACGCAUACGGAAGAUGGAGAUCAAGGCCAACGAGGCAUUUGAUGUAUAUCGGGAGCUGUACUUUGAGGGCGGUAUAUCGAGCGUCUACCUUUGGGACAUGGAUGACGGCUUUGCAGGCUGUGUGCUACUCAAGAAAUCCGUCAAGGGUGGCAGCUGGGAUUCCAUCCACGUCUUCGAUGCCCAAGACCGCGCCCGCACCGCCCAUUAUAAACUCACCUCCACCGUAAUACUCUCUCUGGGCACCGAAUCCGAAGCUCUCGGCGGUCUCGACCUGUCCGGUAACAUGGUGCGCCAAAUUGAACAGGAUAUGGCGGUCGAAGACGACGGCUCUCACGUCGCCAACAUUGGCAAGAUGGUCGAAGACAUGGAGCUAAAAAUGCGCAACUUGCUUCAGGAAGUAUACUUUGGCAAAGCCAAGGAUGUUGUCGGUGAUCUCAGAAGUAUCCCGCCUCUGAGCCAGACGAACCGUGACAGGCAGACCCAGCGGGAGAUGAUCAGUAGUAUGAGCAAGUAG